AUGGGUUCUUCAAAGGGUCUCCAGCCUCUGCGCUCUGUUUCUAAAUCCAUUAAUGCUCUGCCCGCAGCUUAUGCGGGUGCGCAAACCGCAUCACGACGAUAUGCGGGGACACUUGCAAACUUCAAGAUUCCCGCUAUUAAUAACGAGCCCAAUAUCAACAACUCUUCAAUCCUUACCCAGAACAACCCCUCCUCCCACGCCGACGUGAUCGCCAAAUACUCGAAUGCCAGCCCCGCAGACGUCAAGAAAGCCAUAAAUGCAGCACUAGCAGCAAAGCCAGCAUGGGAGUCACUGCCCUUCGCCGAACGUGCUUCCGUGUUUCUCAAGGCGGCUGACCUCAUUGCCACAAAGUAUCGAUACGAUAUCAUGGCUGCGACUAUGGUGGGGCAAGGAAAGAAUGCAUGGCAAGCUGAGAUUGAUGCGGCGGCAGAACUUUGCGACUUCCUGAGGUUCAAUGUCAAAUAUGCGGAAGACACAUAUGGACACCAACCAACACACAACUCUCCAGGAGUAUGGAACCGCGUUGAGUACCGACCCCUAGAAGGCUUCGUUUAUGCUGUAUCACCAUUCAACUUCACAGCCAUCGGUGGAAACCUUCCCGCAGCCCCAGCUCUGAUGGGCAAUGUAGUCGUCUGGAAGCCGUCGCCGUCUGCAAUCGCCUCGAAUUGGCUAAUCUAUCAAAUCUUGAUCGAGGCCGGUCUUCCACCAAACGUGAUCCAGUGGGUACCCGGCGACGCGGUGGAAGUGACAAAAGAAGUUCUGUCACAUAGGCAAUUUGCAUCUCUACACUACACUGGUAGCACGGCAGUUUUCCGGUCAUUGUAUGGGAAGAUCGCCAACGGUGUGGCUGAGGGCAAGUACCAGAGCUACCCCAGGAUCGUUGGCGAGACGGGUGGCAAGAACUUCCAUCUUGUGCACAAGGAUGCCGACAUGACCAAUGCUGCCAUUCAGACUGUCCGCGGUGCUUUCGAAUACCAGGGACAAAAGUGUAGCGCCUGCUCGCGCCUAUACGUACCAGAGUCGGCAUGGCCCGAGUUCAAGAAGAUCUUGGUCAGGGAGGUUGAGGCACUGAAAAUUGGCGAGCCUACUGACUUCUCCAACUUCAUCGGCCCCGUCAUCCACGAAGCUUCCUUCAAGAAGCUCUCCGGUGUCAUCGAUGAAGCCAAGAACGACAGCGAACUCGAAUUGGUUGUUGGUGGCAAGUACGAUAGCAGCAAGGGCUACUACAUCCACCCUACGAUUUACCGUACCACGAACCCCAACCACCCGCUCCUUUCCCGCGAACUGUUCGGCCCCAUUCUGGUUACCUACGUCUACGAUGAUGCUCCGGCUAACGCUUUCGGUGACAUGAUCAAGCAGAUCGAUGAGACUUCAGAGUAUGCGUUGACUGGUGCAGUAUUUGCAAAUGACCGGGAGACGAUCAAGUUUGCCUCGGACAAGCUUAGGGACACUGCCGGUAACUUCUACAUCAACUGCAAGUGCACAGGUGCUGUCGUUGGCCAGCAGCCGUUUGGUGGAUCUAGGGCGAGUGGAACGAACGACAAGGCCGGCAGUGCAACCUUACUUGCAAGAUUCGUCAAUAUGAGAGCAGUCAAGGAGGAGUUCUUGCCCACGGAGAAGGUCACUUACCCUAGCAACGAGGUGUAAGAUGAUACUCUAUGGACCACCAUCUAAGCAGAAUGUAUUGAUGGCACAAAGGUUGGCCACAAAGCACGCAUUCACACAGGCAUUUGAAUAAGACCACGGUAGAAUGAAAAUGAGAAGCUCGUGCAAA